UCUUUCUCACACUCACACUGCCCCCCACCAAACAUAGCACUUCCUCUUUUGUGCAAUUUCAUGGCGAUCGGGAGAGAGGGAACCGCCGUCGCACUCACACUGUCUCAGCACUCUCAAGAGUUUGUUCGGGUAUAAACUACUUUGACAGCCAAACAGUGACAGCAGACACUGCUUUUCAGGUGUGGAGAUUAUUAAGAGGCUUUUCUAUUGGUUCUACUGUGUUCAACAUCUAGACUCCUCAGUCUAUGGCUCUGAUGGACAAACACAAACAAGUCAAACGCCAGAGGCUCGACCGCAUUUGUGAGGGUAUCCGACCCCCCAUCCUGAACGGGCCUAUGCAUCCACGGCCGCUGGUGGCACUGUUGGAUGGGCGCGACUGCACUGUUGAAAUGCCCAUCCUCAAAGAUGUUGCUACCGUGGCCUUCUGUGAUGCCCAGUCUACACAAGAAAUUCACGAGAAGGUGCUGAAUGAGGCUGUGGCCGCCCUGCUUUAUCACACCAUCACUUUGUCACGAGAUGACUUGGAGAAGUUCAAAGGCCUCAGAGUAAUUGUCAGGAUCGGGUCAGGCUUUGACAAUGUUGAUGUCAAAGCAGCCGCUGAGCUUGGCAUUGCAGUGUGUAACGUUCCAGCAACCUCGGUGGAGGAGACAGCCGACACGUCGCUAUGUUUGAUCCUCAACUUGUACAGGCGAGUCACCUGGAUGCACCAGGCUCUCCGGGAGGGAACCCGAGCCUCCAGUGUGGAGCAAAUCCGAGAGGUAGCUGGUGGUGCUGCUCGUAUACGAGGAGAGACGCUCGGCAUCAUUGGGCUUGGGCGCGUUGGACAAGCGGUGGCGCUGCGUGCCAAGGCUUUCGGGUUUGGCGUGAUCUUCUAUGACCCCUAUUUGCCUGAUGGUGUGGAGCGCUCCUUGGGCUUGCAGCGCAUGGCCACCCUCCAGGACCUGCUCAUCCACUCAGACUGUGUAUCCCUGCACUGCAGCCUUAAUGAGCACAACCACCACCUCAUCAAUGACUUCACCAUCAAACAGAUGCGCCAGGGAGCUUUCCUGGUGAACACGUCAAGAGGCGGCCUAGUUGAUGAGAAAGCACUGGCUCAGGCCCUAAAAGAGGGUCGGAUACGAGGGGCUGCUUUGGACGUCCAUGAAAGCGAACCAUUCAGUUUUUCAACUGGCCCCCUUAAAGACGCUCCCAACUUGAUCUGUACUCCACACACAUCUUGGUACAGCGAGCAGGCCUCAGUAGAGGCUCGGGAGGAAGCGGCUAGGGAAGUGCGCCGUGCCAUUACUGGGCGUAUUCCGGACAGCCUGAAAAACUGUGUGAAUAAAGAGUAUCUGAUGGCAGCAUCUCAAUGGCCCAGCAUGGAGGCUGCCACUGUUCACCCCGAACUUAACGGAGCAACCUACAGAUUUCCUCCAGGUCUGAUCAAUGUUGCCGCGGCAGGGGGUCUCCCGGGAGCCGGAGCUGGGGUCGAAAGCCUGGUUUCAGGAAACCUGGCCCAUGGCAUAGCCCCCGUCUCGCACCCACCACACGCCCCUUCCCCGGGGCAGCCAAAUAAGGCCGAAGGCGACAGAGACAUCCCCUCCGACCAAUAGCCCCCCUAGCCACCCAUACUCCCCUCCCGAACCCCUCACGUUGACCCCCUGCUGCCGCCAGCACAUUCCGAAAACCAAGCUCCAAACCUAUCUUCCUCCCAGCAUCAGACACAUUUCGACCCCGACCCCCCCCCCCCCCCGAACACCACGAUGACCUGAUGUGACUCCACGUGGUCUCACAUGACCAGCCCAGGACCCCCCCCCCCCCCCUCUCCCUCCACCCACCCGCAUCCAUGCUCAUUUCACCAACACCUCCUUCCCCACUCACUUCCUAAUGUCAGCAAUAACUUUGUUCUCAAGGAUUCAGUGAUCGGAUUGGUAUUUUUCCCUAGUUGGCUGUUGUUUCAAUGGAACGUGGAUCCGUUGUGACUCUAGGUGUUCAUGUUUAUAAAGAAAAAAACAUUUCUGACAUCAAGGCUUUCCAGUUGGCUGCAUCCUCGACUGACUGACCAGUAGAGGUGCUCAGGCAGAAGUGCCCCUUUGUCCAUGAAAGGCUCGUGUUUCUGCUUUUGUCGUCUUAUUUUUGCCUUCCAUUUCCCAUCCCCACCCGGUAUCAUGUGUACUUCAAGUUAAACCACAAGAAAUUGGAAAAAAAAAAAGCCUCAGCUGCCCAGUUUUGAAUUGUUCCACUUGUAUUUAAAAUCCUUCCCCCAGUGUUCGCAAAUGCCCCCAAUCUUCAGUCUCCUCUCAGGUUGACGAAUUCGCCUCUACUUGGAUCCACCCAAGGGCAUGAACUUCUGUCUCAUGUUCAAAAACUGCAGCGCGAAUACUCCAUCAUGCGCCGUACACAUGCGGGGCCUCGCCAGCAGAGGGCGUCGCCCAACCACACAUUUCAGUCCGAGGAGGCAGACGGUCUCUGGAUUAUGUUUGGUGAAGCAAUGACCCCACACUGACCUAACCAGGCCGUCGUAUGUCUAGCUCCCCCACAUCCGCCGCCGUGCCCCACACAUGCUCAUGAACCCAGUAUGCAUCCUUCCUUUAAAUGUUUGAGGACAGUAGAGUUGAAUUUCUCAGUCAGAGCUAGGGGGACAUUAUCUUUUGCAUGCUUGCUUUGUUAACGACAGUGGUGUGUACAAGGAUGUGCGUGAGUGCGUGUGUGUCUGUGUCCCUUUACGCUGUUUUCUUUCCAAAGGAAUAGUCCCUACGAGUAACUCUUUAACCCUGUCGCUCCGGUGUCAAGGAAACACCUUUCUAGUACCUCAGUAACAGAUAUUGAAUGUACCGUGCAUACCCUUUUAUUUUUUUGUACAGAUUUUCUAGAUUCUUCUUACUGUUCUUUACCAGAAGGGUUGUGAUAUUGUAGCAGUAAUAAGAUAAAACGAUUGAAAAGGAAAAAAAAAAAAAAAAAGAAUCCCCCCCCCAUCAUAAAACAAAGUGACACAUAGGAUCCAUGUUUCUCAAUAUAGGUUACUGAAUACUCAGGCUUGGAAACCAAUGCUCGUCUUUUUGCCUUGACCGUGGCCCCUUUUUCCUCCAUCUUACUGGCUAAUGAUUCAUGAGGAACAAAGAAAGGUGGUUCUUGUGCUCUGCUAGUUUUCGUUCACUGGAGCACUAGUGGUAGAUGCUUCAUUUUUCUUCUUUUUACGUCCCUUUUGUCAUUGCCCUGCUGCUCUGUUUUUUGUGCAUGUGCGAUUUUGUUUUAAGCAGAUAGAAACAACUUCUUACAAAAUGGUGGCUUCUCACUCUGCGGAGUGUUUUUAGCCUCAUUUGCCGUUUUUUGUCGUGGUCAGUUUCCAAUAAUGUGCAGUUUAGCCCUCCGGACCGCACCCUUCCCCCAUCAGAGUAUACGAGUGACUAGGAGCAUGUGAUGCUUGGCUCCUCUGUCAUGUGAUGAGUAUAUAUUUUUAAGAAUACCCCCCCGCCCCCAUAUUGUCCCCCAUAGUUCCAUUGAUUAGUAAUCUUAAAUUUGCUGUUGGUCAUGACUAUAUAUAUAUAUAUAUAUUUUUUUUUUUUUUUUUCAUUUCAGCCGUGCACUGUCAUUGUAUACCAGUUAGUUAUAAUGUAGAUGUCGAUUUCUUUUUAUGAAUAAUUGCUGUCUGUUCUACAUGUUGUACUGAAAAAUAUGAAAUCUCCCUCUCCUACUACCACCACCCUGACUCCGCUUCUCAUCUAAUGUCCCAAUUCUCUCCUCCCAGGCCUUACUAUGUCCUUUCUUACUGUAGCCGUUGUAGAAAGUCGCCAUGGAACCACUCACUGCCUUAAUACAGUUGACCACAGAAAGUGACCAGUAGAAAUGAACACGCCAAAAACAACAAAAAAAGCUUCCCAGUCACUCAGCAGGCUGAAUUCUACAAAGGUGUAUUAAAGUCACACUAAAAGGAGGGCUAAAAGAGAUGAGAAGUAAAAGUCUUAUUGUAAACAGUGAGUUUGCAAUUUUCCAAUAACAAAAUGAACGCUCAACUGUUAUGACGUGACAAUAGCCCAUAGAAGUGUUCCUGAGGGUGCACGACUAAUGAUAGACACCUUGAAAGUCACGCUACUGGCUCUAAUUGUUGUUUGCUCCAAAUCAAAAUAGAGGCAUGAAGGAGUCAGAUGGCAUUUUGUUCCUUUUCCCCAGAUUAUAGUUCUCAUGUACCACGCCAGCUCAUAAUGACAGUUAACGAAUAUGACUGUUUUUAUUUUUAUAUUUUGCAAAAAUAAAUGUCAAAACACUUACAUGAGACCAGAAAAUGAGGCUUUCUCUGGAGACCAGCCUUAGAAUAUUUGAAACACUUGAUUGAGCAAUCAAGAAAUAAGAACAUUUGGACAAGCACGUUCAACUGUUCAAACUGAUGGUGGUGCCGAUGUGCCUAAAUGUUGACUUUCAUUGUGAACGAACUGUGGCUUUAAUACACAUUUGACGAAUUCUACAUCACCUUUGGAGCAAUUGAACCUGGUGUUGAAAGUUAUUUUUGCAUCAAAAAAUCAUAAAUCAUGUAAAAAUCCUCCCCUGCACUUCUAAAGUCACGCCAGCAGUGUGUUUGUGCUCUGGCUAACAGAUAAGCACAGUGUGUGUGUUUGUGGUCACAAAGCUCCAGCUGAUAUUUCACUCUUGGGUGUUAGAAUGCAGCCACCACCACUCUUCCUUCUCCUCAAACUACUUCUGCUACUUUAGAAGGGUCUUUCACUCUGCUGCCAGAGACUCCAAAGGGCUGGAGAGCUUGGGCCAGAGUAGACACCGGCGUCAUCUGUCCAAAAAUCAAAACGAGAAUUGGUCACGUUUUCUCUCUCAGGGUUGAAAUGCACACGUAUCCUUUAGCAAUUUUCUCCUCCCUCCGAAUGUAGAACAGCCUCAUGUCUUUUUAGAAGCCGCAAACCUCUUCUCUUAAGAGUUCCACACCUUCCUUUUUCGACGUUCUUGUUUUCCUUUUGGCACUGACAUCUAACCAUCUAACAAGGAGUGAAUGAAUGCUUUGAAGUGACUGCGUGUUUGUGUGACUUUAAGAUUGGGAAAUGUAUUUUUACAACAUGUGAACAUGUAUUUUUUCCCCUGCUCCCUGUCACCCUCAUUUGUGAACUGAUUUUUCACCAGACUGCAAAAACAAAAAUACAAAAAUGGGAAAAAAAACAUCUCUGUAACUAGGCUCUUAAGCUUUAUUUGUUUUGUUUGUUUACUUUUUUAUUAGAAACAAUCAUGUUUGUGAUGUUAACUCCCAAUGGUAAACUCCACACCGUAUUUUAAAUAAAAGCUUAAAAAUUAAA